AUGUUCUCGGUGGAGGAAGUGGCGAAGAGCGGCAUCGUGGUGUUGCCCUGUGGAGCUGGGAAGACCUUGCUGGGCAUCGCCGCCUGCUGCCGCGUGGGCCGCCGAGCGCUAGUGCUCACGACCACCGCCGUGGCCGUGGACCAGUGGCGGCGACAGCUGCAGAUGUACACCACGCUGCCGCCGGAGGACGUGUACCUCUUCACAGCGGACCAGAAGCGACCCAUCGAGGAUGCGGAGCGCAAGGCCUGUGUGGUGAUCUCCACCUACAGCAUGCUAGGCUUCACUGGUCGACGAGGAGGGGACACUGCCUUCAUCCUGGAGCAGCUGCAACAGCUGGAGUGGGGUCUUCUGGUGGUGGACGAAGUGCAAGUGAUGCCCGCGCGGACCUUCCGGACGGUGGCGACCACCAUCAAGUCCCACUGCUGCUUGGGGCUCACGGCCACACUGGUUCGGGAGGACGACCUCAUCCAGGAUUUACAUUGGCUCAUUGGCCCCAAGCUCUAUGAAGCCAACUGGCAGCAGCUCCAGGACGAUGGCUACCUGGCCAAGGUGCGUUGCAUCGAAGUCUGGUGCGACAUGGCGGAGGAGCCGAUCCGCGAGACCGAGUUCUUCAUGGAAUAUCUCCAGGCGCAAGAUGGGGGCGAUGUACCAGGUUCCAUGCGUGGCAGCUUGCAGAGGGCGCUGUGGACCUGCAAUCCGAACAAGUUGAAGACCUGCGAGUUUCUGAUCCGCUUGCACGAGCAGCGCGGGGACAAGAUCAUCGUCUUUAGCGACAACAUCUUCAUCCUCAAGGAGUUCGCGCGGAAGCUGGGCCGCUACUACAUCUGCGGCAGCGUCUCCUUGCGCGAGCGGAUGCAAAUCCUCAGCGAGUUCCAGGAGAGCUCCGCCUGCAACACGAUCUUCCUCUCGAAGGUGGGGGACAAUGCUAUUGACUUGCCAGUGGCCAAUGUCAUCGUGCAGAUCUCUUCGCACUACGGGUCGCGGCGGCAGGAAGCACAGCGGCUGGGGCGGAUCUUGCGACCGAAGCCACAGGCGAAGGAUGGAGGAACGGGUGGCUUCAAUGCCUUCUUCUACUCCGUGGUCUCGCGCGACACCCAGGAGCUCUAUCACGCGAACCGGCGGCAGCAGUUCCUGGUGGAGCAGGGCUACAACUACCAGGUGGUGCGAGACUACAAUGUGACGCGGCUGGAACAGCAGAACCUGAUCUAUUCCAGCAAGGACUCCCAACUGCAGCUCUUGAAACAGGCCUUGAAAGUGUCCAACAAAAAGGGCGUUUCCCUCGCGAGCAUAGUCCUCGAGAGCGUGCGCCGGGGCGAGGCCGAGGAGGCCGACGAGGUCUUGGAGCCCGGCUGCGAGACACCGAGGAUGGAGACGGCGCCGAGCAAGGCGGAGAAGGUGGAGAAGGUGGAGGGGAAGCGACCCAAAGAGGACCGGGAGUGGGGAGGAGAUGUGAGGAGUGGUGGCAGGUGGCAGGAGUGGCUUCUUUUAUUUUGGUUUCCUUUCCUUGUUGGUUCUAGUGCUUGGAGAGCACUUGGUAGGAAGAUCUUGGUCCGAAAUUGGCUCACUUCUGCGAGGUAUGUUGUGGAAAGUCCAGAAGGGUUCCACUGA